AUGCCGUCGCUGUUAUGCGUCGUUCUUCUUCUGAAUGGUGCAGCAGUGGCUGAUUUUCUAGUGAAACCUCGUGUCGUCACUUCAGUCAACUACGACGAUGUCCGGCGAGCUUUUGGUGUCACGAAGGCGACGACGAGUCCAGCUACUAUUGCUGUCCAAGAAACAGAAAAGUUUCGGAACCGCUGCCAUUUGGCACCAUCAACCGGCCAUGGAACGCUCACAAUGCGGCGAUUCUACUACGAUUGGGCCAGUGACGGCUGCCACGAGCUGCACUACACUGGAAUUGGCGGCAACGAGAACAGUUUCAUGACGUAUGAAGAAUGCGAGGAGGCCUGCAGGGGAGCAGGUGAGCCAACAGCAAAUCCUCCAGAGGGCGUCAAAGUACCGAAGAACCAAAAGCUGACCAAAAAACCGUUGACUACAACAACGACAACAAUGCCUUCGCCAAUUUCAUUGUCAACGAAUGAGCCCAGCAAUGGUAAAAAUCAGAGCAGUGUGGAGUCGUCUGGAUCACAGGAGAAAGUAGAAGUUGAGCUGCCCUCAUCAACCACGUCGUUCUCCACCACAGGCUUGCAAACGACUUCGGCUGAGGUAACAACGGUGCCUUCUGUGGAUACCUCUGAACAACUGUGGAGCACUGAAUCGAUUGAAAGUAGUCACGAGACGAUACAAGCAACGAUUCUCUGGCAAAACGAAAAUCCGUGUGAGUUACCUCCACAUGCUGGAACUCCUGGAGGUGUUGCUCAAAAAAUGUGGCAUUUCGACGAAUCAGUAAUGACGUGUGCUCCAUUUGUCUUUCUUGGUACUGGUGGCAAUGCGAACCGAUUUGUUGAUUCCGAAACCUGUAUGCGAACCUGUGGAAGCGAGAAGAACAAGAAACAAAGCACAGCGGCUGUUGCCACCUCCACGAUAGGAACGCGGCCAGCGACGAGAAUAUUCCAAGAAUUUCACUCCUCUGAAGCCACUACUACUUCUCCUUCUACCACAACCACCACGUCUGCACCAAUUCCUCCUUCUUCCACAGCCACCAUGCCAGCACCAGUUUCUCCAUCGUCGGAGCAGUCAGCCGAAAUCAUAUUUGUGUCUACAGCUUCUGGUCAAACUUCAUCAGCGGAAGGCCCUUACACAUCUUCUAUUGAAGAGACAACUCCGGAUUCAUAUCCCACCCUUAUCAGCAUUCCCAAAGAGUUCGUGCCGCCGUUUCCACAGGUGACGCUGGUUCCUCCAUCCAAAGGCGGAAAGUUUCCCAAAACGACACCGGAACCUCCACAAAUCAGCAGCGAACACUUCAAUUUCAUCUUCGAACAUCUUAUGAGCUCCAGAAGUGCCGAGACCGUAUUGUCAGGAAGUGCAGAGAAGUUCCCUGACUUGAUAGCCUCACCCAAAUGGAGUAACCAAGGAAGUGUCGAGGCUGUAUUGCCUGUACCAACUCAGAUACCUCCCGUUGGCCAGCCAGCAUUGGUCCUCGGGUCGUUGCAGGUGGUUACUCCUGGAGCGGCAAAGGAGAUCCAGAAGCCCGAGCCUCCACGACUACCUGAAGCACCUGUUCCUGUUAAGCUUGUUCAACCCUUUCAACCGUCAACACUACCAAUGUACUAUAUCUCUAAUCCUGGACUACAUUCGGUACCGGGAUCCCCCAAUGCCUAUCAGUAUGGCAAAAACGGUGCCGUGACCGUUGACGGUAUCUAUGGGAACCAGUUCUCGUCUCAUCAGAAGGCUAGUGCAGCUCCGGAUCAGAAGGCCGCUUCAACUCCGGAUCCUCAAUGGAUCAAAAAUGGGGUAGAGGCCUUUCAGCACAUACUCGAAAAAAACUUGGCCGCGACGGUUACUCCUCCUCAACCCGCAAAGGCUACUGAAGGAGACGCAGCUACAAUUUGCGAACCUUAUAAAGCCACAGGACUUAUCCGCAGGGCAAUCAAAACAACUUUGAAAGUCUCGAUGAAUGUGAAGCCACGUGCAAAAAUCAGAAUCCUUGCGAUGAGGGAACUCCCGUGCCGUCGAUUGGUGACAGCCACAGAAUGUUUGCUUGCUCAAGACGCCGGUUAUGGUCUUGAAAGCGGUCAUCGUUGGUCGUAUGACGCGAUAACGUCAACGUGUGUCUCCUUCAUCUAUCACGGUUACGGUGGAAAUCAGAACAACUUCCUUUCAAGAAACGACUGUGAAACAGCAUGUGCUCCACUGAAUCCAUGUGACCAGCCCGUGUCUAGCGGACAUGGCAAGCAAUUCAUUUCGAGGUACUUCUUCUCUAAGGUGAGCUUUCAAGAAUAA